CCUGGCGGCGCUUCCAGAUGGUGCUGCGGGCCGGUGUUGCCCGCGGUUGGGCGGUAGAUGCUGAGGAGCCCAGGUUGCCAAGGUCCUGGGGCAGCCCGGGAGGUGCGCGGCCGUCCAGCGAACUGAGGCUCCGGCGGAGGGUCGCGGGUGACACCGCGGUGCAAGAGGGCCGCUGAGGGCGCGUCCUUCGGCCGUUCCCGGCCGGAAGCCCCGGGAGAGGGCGAGGGAGAGCGGCGGAGCCCGGGGCGGGCCCGGAGGGACGGCCUGCGAGUGCGCGCUCGCGGCCGGAAGCCCCGCUGUCGCCGGGUGGGGCCCGAGAGCAGCGUGACGUGCGGGCCGUGAGGCCUCGUCCCGAACGUCGCGCGAGCGCCCGGCACAGGUCAGACGCUUCGCGGACGGCAGCCGGGCGGGCGGCAAGAGGAGCGCCGCGGACAGACGGGCUGACAGACACUCGGCCUCCUCAGAGCGCCCACGUCGGAGACGCCGCUCGCGCCGCCGCAGGGCGCUUCGGGCGUGGAGCCGAGGGGAGCGGAGCAGCGUCCGUCGGGCAGCGCGGAGGACCCUGAGGAGCCGCUCGGGCUGUCGCGGCGAGCGAGCGGUGCCGGCCGCCGUCGGGCGCUGGUGGCCGGGAAGGGCCCGCCGUUCGAGGCCCGGCCCGGGCCGGCCCUGCCUCGUCGCCGCUGCUGUGGGCGUUGGCCGCGCCCGCCGUGAGCUUGGCGGGCCUGGUGUGCAAGGGGCGCCGUCGGCCCGCGGGUCGGGAGCUUGCCGUGGCGGCUCGGGGACCGGCUGGCUCUGGGUCCUGAAGGGGACCUGCCCCUCUCCGGAGCGCGCAGAUGGAGGCGGAGGCGGGGCGCCGCGGCCCGGGCGUGUUUUCGUGCCGGCUCUGCGCGCUGACCGCUCCCUACAGCUACGUGGGGCCGACGCCCCCCGACGCCCGCGCCGUCGUCCUCCUGGAGGAGAGUUACGUCCUGAAGGACCCGUUCACCUCAGACAAGGACAGGUUCCUGGUCCUCGGCUCCAAGUGCAGUGUGUGCAGCCGGCUGGUGUGCGUGGGCCCGGAAUGCAGUUUAUUCUACUCCAAGAGGUUUUGCCUCCCCUGUGUCCAGGAGAACAUGGACGCCUUCCCUCAGGAAAUCCGGCAAGACUUGGAGAAAAGGAAAGCUCCAUCAAAGAGGCCGGCCAGCCAGCCUGGCUCUCGGACAUGAGUGCAACCGGAUGCCAGGUUGGCAAGAGCACCUUGCACAGAGCUCUGGGGCCGAGCUGGGAGCCGUGGUGCCCAGCCUUGUUCCGGGACAGGCAGGAGCAGUGUGUGCAACUGGAGUGAGCUGGGGCCCAGCCUGCCCCAGGAAGGUGACUGGGAGACGCAGAGAAGGCACUCAAAAGGCAGACCUUGGACCAGACAUCCCCCAGACCCAACCCCAUCCAGAGCCCUCUCGAUGCUGAGACCGCAGGGCAGGAACUGAGGAAUGGCUCAGAACUGGCACAGAGGGAGGCCAGGGCUGGGCCUGCUGGCCCUUUGGCUCUCCUCCCAGACCUGAGGGCUCUGGGCCUGCCUGCAGGGUCAUCCCCUGGCUCCUGCUUACAGGCGACAGACCUGGAGGGGCCUUUAUGCCCUUCGCAUGAUUUCGUCAGAUCCAGGAGUUGCCUCCAGGUAACAUGCUGCUCUGCCUGGCCGAGGACACAGGAGUGAAGGGACAAAGCCCACUGCCCUGGUCCAGUAGGGGGAGGCCCUCUGGUCACACUGGGGGGUUGUGCUGUCCGUGCAGAGGCAGGACAGCUGGGUGGGGACUCUUGCUUUCUCCAUCCAAGGAAGUGAGUGUUCAUGCAGGGAAGACCUCACUCAGUCAGAUGGUUCACAGGGAAGUGACCUGCAGGAAGGUGCCUGAGGUGUGUGGGGGAGCUGCAGAUGCAACUGGGGGGUCCAGGGGCGGUGGAGUUUCACUUCACAUCCUUGUGGUGCUUGGAAAACGUUUUAAAUCUUGACCACGCGUUAGAUCCGUAAUUAAAAACCCAGAGAGCCAGUUAAUGUUUUGAAAAGUAAUCCUUCCCCAGAAACAUUUGCGAGGCAGAUGUCCUCCUUGGCACUCUGGAUCUGGUGUGGGUCGGGGGCUGGGGUGUUGCCACAUGAAGCCUCUUCUGUCCUGUCUGUCCCGCAGGCUCUGGCUCUGGCCCCAGGCCCAGUCCCAUUCCAAGGCAGAGCAAUGCCUUCCCCUGCCUUCCCUUUGCUCACAUAGAGGCUCACAACUUGAGGUGCUGGCUUGCCCCUCUCCACAGGGGACCCCGCAUCAGCUCUGCAGGCUCCUGUAGGCGGCCCCAGGGCACUCAUCCCCCCACAGAUACCCCUGCCCUGUGGCCUCCACCUUCGCCAUGGGGGACACACUGAAGGGUGCAUUUGGCUCUGCUGGCUCUCAGAGGGCCGGAGCUGUUCUAUCUUUGUCCGUAACUGCCUGAAGGUCCGCUGACGCUGUCCUGGGGGGGCGCCAGACGAGGGUUUGAGAAGAGAAUGAAUAAAGAGCUUCUAUUGGCUGA